CGUAAACAAGAAUCAUUAGAACAGUUAAAUAUCGAUGACAAUCAAUCAGUUCAUGAAGAUCAUAAUAAAGAAGAAGAUGACGAAGAUAAUCUAUUUGAUAGAUUUAUUUGUGAAAAUUUUGUUCCUUUUUCUGGCAUACAACCAAUUAAUCAAUGGUUAGAUGAGACAGAAAUGUUAUUUCAUCGAUUCAAAAUUUCACGUAAACUUCGACUUAAAGCUGUACCACUUCUAGUUCAGGGUGAAGCUAAACGAAAAUAUAUUAAAAACCGUCGAUCUAUUAGUUCUUUUGAUGAUUUCUAUGAAUUCUUGUUAACACAUUUCGAUACAAAUACUGUAGUAUCUAGCAAUUCACAGCUUAAUCAGGCCGCUCAAAGUAUUCAGUCAGUGAAUAAUCAGUCGUAUAACAAUAAAUCGAGUACAGAUUUAACUUCGAGCGUUGUGAAUAAUACUAAUUCCAUUCAGAUGUCUCAAUCAUGUCUUUGUUCUAGUAAUAAGGUCAUUGUUAAAGAUACCACCGAAGUUAACGGUGAUGUAUCUGAGUCUAAGUUAACCGGAAACAAUUCAUCAACAGAUAAUACUUCGCUUAAUUCAGUUGUAAAUGACUUACGUAAAGCAAUUCUGACAGAUUUUAUUAAAAAUCCAAAGAUUUUUCGUGGGAAUAAAGAUGAUGUAAUUAAGUGGUUAGAGGAAAUCGAUCAUUUAAUGCAAACUGCACAUGUUCCUGAAUGCAAUCGACUUGAUUUAAUUUCGUAUUCUUUACGAGGAGACGCACUUCAAUGGUAUCGAAACAACAGAUCUACGUUAACUAGUUGGAGUCUUUUUGUUCAGGAAAUUAAAAAAGCAUUUACAUCGUCAUUUUGUGAAGAGUUAGCCUUUAAAACUCUCGAAUCAUAUACACAAAGUGCAAAUCAGUCAGUUCGAAAUUUUUACAACGAAGUAAUUAAGUUGUGUAAACAAGCUGAUCCUAGUAUGAGUGAAUCAACUAAAUUGAAAAAUCUUUUAAACAAGGUUAAACCUAGUAUUCAACUUGAAGUACGCAAGAAAAAACCAAAAACCACUGUCGAAUUUCUUGAGUAUGCUAAAGAAGUUGAAGAGUUGUUACAA